GGUACUGAUUAAUUUGGAGAGUGAGGAGGGACUGUGUUUGUGUCAGAUGGGCGUUCCUAAUGUAAGCAGAUUUGUGUCUGUGUGUGUUUGCAUAAAGGACAUACAUUCUCCUUCCUCGCCUGACAUACAGCAGGGUCUUAUAUUCGCGACUUGCAUCGCAUUCCCGAGGUUACAUUGUAAACUGUAACGAAUUACAAAGUAACAACACAGGAUGAGUUCUGCAAUAGCCAAGAGCGAUUCCAGGACCUCGCUGCUGAAAUGUGGAUCCAGGAGGGCUGGCUAUCACAUGGAAACUGCCCUCGGCAGGAGGGGCUGCUGCCAUCGCCCGGACACCGAGGCCGAACCCUGCUGGCAAGAGGCGGCGGGCGGAUCGGCUAGGGGAGGCGGCACCGCGGCCAAGGGGAGAGCGAGCAGGAAGCGGGCGGGCGGCGGGAGCAAGCGGCAGCCUGGGGAGCUGGCAGGAGGAGCACCCGGGCUCUCCCGGGGCAGGAGGUGCGCUCCGGAGUCCCCGCUGGAGACCGGGGGCUCGGCGUCUCCUUCUUCGUCCGAAGCCAGCAGAGCGGCGGCUCAGCCGGCGGGUGUGGACCCGCAUUUAGUGCGGAACCUCAGCCCCAUGUUAGACUCGGUGUACGGCCAGGACAGAGAGCUGGGAGCAGAGGAAAUUGAAGAGCUGAGAGAUGCAUUCAAAGAGUUUGAUAAAGACAAGGAUGGAUUCAUUGGCUGUAAGGACCUGGGUAACUGUAUGCGGACGAUGGGCUAUAUGCCAACAGAAAUGGAGCUGAUUGAACUGUCCCAGCAAAUCAACAUGAACUUGGGUGGCCAUGUUGAUUUUGAUGACUUUUUGGAACUGAUGGGACCAAAGCUUUUAGCAGAGACAGCCGACAUGAUUGGAGUGAAAGAGCUUCGAGACGCUUUCAAAGAGUUUGAUACAAAUGGGGAUGGAGAGAUCAGCACGACCGAACUGCGUGAAGCUAUGAAGAAAUUAUUGGGUCAGCAGAUUGGACACAGGGAUAUUGAGGAAAUCCUGAAAGAUGUUGAUCUGAAUGGGGAUGGGCGUGUUGACUUUGAAGAAUUUGUUCGGAUGAUGUCACGCUGAUGGUGGAGAGCAGCCUUCCUGAAUGAACCAUCGCUGACUUACAGAAACCAUCGCAAUAUCUUAACGCUGCUCUGGAGACUGUAUUCAACAGCUCCUCCAAAUACAGAGCAAAAUCUCUUUCUGUCCAAGCUUCCGAAGAAACUCGAAGUGUCUUGCACCUUGGAGCAGUGAACUGAAAGAGAAACUCUUUAUAUUCCUCUGCAGCCUGAGUUCUACAGUAACUGUCAGCUUAGGGGCUGACCCUCACCAAGGACUGUACAUAGAAACUCAGUGGUGAGGUGGCAUUUCUUUCAGUGUGCACUGCUCAAAGUAAAGUCUUUAAUGUAAUUAACAGAUGAAAUUUAACAUUGUAACAAGCUGUUUAUAGCUCCUCUAUCUUUUAUCUGGCUUUGGAGGAUAUAACCUUCUGCGAUCAUUCAGAAUAUCAGGGAUAAGAAUUACUCCGUGGCUACAGUGCUCACGUUGACUGACAGGAUUGGCAUGAAAUUUGCCGCUGCCCCACUUUAGUUACAAUGAAUGGGUUGACAAUUGAACUGAAACAGCGGAAAAACUGGAGUGAAAUUCAUUCUUGCAUGAGCCUGCUGUACUAAAACCUUCACAGAAGAAACGAAAUGUCUUGAUUUUUCUCAUCAGUUCAUCCAGGAUUUCAAAACCUCAGCACGUCAAACGCAAUGCAGAAACCCUCAAUCAGAGAGGGCAGGCUGACUUGCUGCCUUUUCUCAAAUUUGAUUGAACUCUCUGCACUUGUGAUCUGGAAGGCAGUGCCUGGAGGGGCAGAGAGGAAGUAGAUUCAAUAGUAGAUUUUCUCUAGUCCUGUGCAGGGCAAGACUCCAUCACCAGCCCCAAUCCAUUGCACUCUGUUUGGCUGCGGCCGAGAAGAUGACCCUCGCUUGAAAGUCCUCUUCAAAUACCAGAUUUUCUUUGGAGAACUUUCAUCUCCUUUUCCCAUCCAGCUGAUCUGGCUGGGAGAUGAAAUAUGUGUCUUGCCAGUCUCAGUCACUUCUCUAUUACAGUGUCCUGGAGGCAUCUCUGACAGCCCUUUGUAGCACUUUCUCGUUGACUAUGUCUGCGUUUCAAGUUGGAAUUGGAUAAUGUGGAAGGUGGGACAUUUGUAGGGCUAUGAUUUGAUUUGAUUUAUUAUUGUCACAGAUACCAGAUUGUCCUUUGGCAGGGGCGGGGGUAGGUGCGGCUACAGUCUGCUGCUCAAAAACAGCUCUGUUGGCACUACAGACCUGCAAACUAAUCCGACCAAAUCCUCAGAGUGGGGACAGAUGCCUCGUCCUAAAUCAUUGAGAGCCUGCCGAAUGAUAAGUAGCUGUGGGACAGCUGGUGUUAUGAUGGGUGGACUCCCAGUAGAUUUUUGAUAAGUGCGGGGUAGAGAUCGUUGGAAAAGGGCAUGAUGCUCUGUAAAACCCAGGCCAUAGAUUUUCAGUCCAGCCCCCAUAAAUAUCAAAUGGCAAUUGGAUUGACCUUUCAUCCUUCAAAAAUGAUUUGUGUGUGGUCUCCCGUGGACACAUGUUGGAGAAGGAACAAACUGGGUUUGUAACGAGUCCACAUCACAUUUGGCAGCUGUUGAUUUGCAGAUUCAGUGACUUGUCAUGGAGACCUCUGUUGAGGCCUUAGGAAUUCAAGGGAGUCUGUUCAAUUCCAAAUGGCUGACCCUUGGAACCAAGCCUCUGGACUGCUGUCCCACAUUCGAUCUUCUCUCAUUGUUUGGGGAUGUAGAGUAUUCCUUAGAUAGACAUCCCAAUUGAGACCCAGUUGACCAACUUAUAAAAGCAUUUCUCAGAUGUCUGCUCUAGCUGAGGGAAGAGUAAGUCAGGCCUGGAAUACCUUUGCCUCUCUUUCCUCAACUCCGGAUGAUCAUCAGCUGAUUCAGGACUGACCGGGGUGGAGUUACCUUAUCCACAGUCUGUACUACUCGACAUUGCGCAAGGCAGUUGAAGGUAAAAUGGUUUUGAAUGCUAUGAAGCAGAAAACUUCGGAGGCAGUAACAAAAUGACCAGCUACUAGAGACAAAUGAGUGAGUGUAACCAAAGGUACUGCUGCAAUGAGAAGAGAAACCAAAUCCAGGACAAGUAACUGAGGAGACCAACACUAUCCCAGCUUCUUAUGUUUGGGUAGUCAGGUUCAAACCAACUGAGAAAGCCAACCAAGAAACAGCCAUGAAUGGCAUUCUGUUGAGUAGCAACGAAUAUCUAUCAUGGUGUUAUAGAAUAAGUGCAGCACAUGAUUCAGUUUCAUCCUGUAGGCUUCAAUGACUAUCUGCCUACAAUCUCAUAAUGUUCAGUGUCAUUUCUAAAGGACUAUUAAUUUGGUGGCGUUAUUCUCCACCAGGACCAGAUUGCAGAAUAAUUAAAUGGAGAUUUAACAUGUCUAUUUGAUAAUAUAUGUCUGCAGUUGCUUGCAUGUGAUUCGUAGACCGUUUCCUCAGGUGUACAGGUGCAUCUCUGGCUAAGCACCUGCCAUAUCAUUGCAGCGGAGCAUGAUGGGAUAGGGUUGGACCAUAAGACCUAGAGGCAGAGGUGGACCAUUCAGCCCGUUGAAUCUGCUGCUCUGUCAUUUAGGAAGAUCAUUCGCAGAUCUAACAAUCCUCAACCCUGCUUUACUGCUUCUGUCCCUGUAACCCUUGAUUCCUGUUUUCAGACAGUUCCGUUGUGAUUAGCCGGGGCCAAUGUCAUAAUUGAUUUAUCAGGCGGUGGUCAGUAAAUUACAGAUCAGUUGUUCCCACUUGGAUUGUCAGUAGGUCACAGGGGCCUGUCACAUGGACUGGGAUCUGCCUCACAAGGAGAAAUUACAGGGUUUUGUGUGUUUUACCCAUCACCACAUCAAGAGAACCUGGCAAGGGAGUUUGUGUGUUAAUGUGGCCCAGUGUUCCACCUGAUAGGUCCCUGUCUGGAGAUUCCCCCAAAAGCAACAAGGUUAUUUCAGGGCAACAAUAGUCACAGCUGAACAGUUUAAGACAGUAACCUGUCCCCUUUGCAUUUAGAAGAAGAAAACUCCCCAUUGAUCAUCCACAUUUCCUCAUUGGGAGGACUGGCACCUUUUCAGAUUUCCCAUGACUUUGUUGGAGUGGGCACCAUGCCAUACGAGUUACAGUUUCUCUGUGAUGAGGUGGAAUGAGUGAACACUUCUUUCUCUCCUUAAAAGAACAACCACACUUCUACAAUAAUCCACCACAUGAGCAUUCCGGGCCAUUUUGAGGACAGUGAAGGGUGCUUUCUCGAACUGCAAGCCAGCCUGAAGUCAGCGGGCACUGAGAGAAUUGUGUACAGCUUUAGAAACCGCAGAUUGGAAAGGUAACUCAUGGUGAGGCUGUGGUUAACAUUCAUUGGGAUGUUACCAGGGAUGAAGGGCUACAGUUUCAACAAGAGACUGGAAGGCUAGAAUAGAAUUCAACAGAACUGAGAAGGUCUGAGAGAGAUUUUCAACCUUCUGAAAGGUAAAGCGAAUAGUGAUGGGUUAUUGACUGGUUGGUGAGAUGGCAGCGAAUGUAGAGGUUCGAAGGCACCCCUUAGUUAAGGUCACGAAGAUUCAAAGUAAGGCCGUGGACAGUUAGGUUUUAAAGAAGUUGGGACAUCAUUUUAGAGGUUGUACAUUACAUUAGUGAGGCCUCUUCUGGACUACUGUGUCCAGUUCUGGUUGCCCUGUAGUAGGAAUCAUAUUAUUAAGCUGGAGAGGAUUCAGAAAAGAUUUACCAGGAUGUUGCUGGGAAUGCAGGGUUUGAGUUAUAAGGAGAGGCUGGAUAGGCUGGGACUUUAUUCACCGGAGGUUGAGGAGUGACCUUGUAGAGGUUCAUAAAAUCAUUUGGGUUAUAGAUGAGGUGAAUGAGAGAUGCCUUUUCCCUAGGGUAGGGGAUUUCAAGACUAGGGGUCAUAUUUUUAAGGUGUUGGGAGAAAGAUUUAAAACAGAAAGGCGGGCAACUUUUUUUACAGAGAGUGUUUCAUGUGUGGAAUGAACUUUCAGAGGAAGUGGUAGACGCAGGCACAGUUACAAUGUUUUAAGGUUCUUGAAUAGACCCGUAGCUCGGGUUGUGAAUGCUGUGGUUGGUUUGCUCGCCGACCUGGUUCAUUAUUUCGCAGGAGUUUCAUCACCCUGCUGGGUAACGUCAUCGGUGCAGCCUCCAAUGAAGUGCUGUUGUGUUUUCCUGCCUGGUUUUUAA